UCAUUUCCGCUGACUGCCGCGUGACGACAGGAGUAAACCGGAAGUUGUGGAAUAUACUGUAGCUGAAGAUGAGCAGCUGUUUGGCGAGAACUCGGAUUGUAAAGAUGGGCGUUCAUGGUUUACAACAUCUGUGAAGAGACCAUAUUCAAGGAGCAGGCUUCUGGUAAAUAAUACUUAGAAUGGCAGAACAAGACCAGAAUGAAGUACUUGGAGAGAAACUAUACAGUGUGAUUUAUCCAAAACAUCCGGCAAUGGCUGGAAAACUGACAGGCAUGCUUUUGGAACUUCCAACUACACUGGUGCAGCAGAUGAUCCAGGAUGAGAACAUUUUGCUUGCAGGUCUUGAGAAAGCACUGGGUGCACUUGACAUGCCAGCUUCAUGUAGCAUAGCUGAUCCUGAAUAUGAAGACGAUUGUUUUGAAUCCAGAGACCUGCUUGGUGAAAAAUUGUAUGGUCUUAUUGAUGGGUACAACACAGGCUACAGUGAGAAAAUAACAGGUGGGCUUAAAGUGGAGAAGGACAAAUUGAUUGUAAUCGCCUACACCACAUUAUUAGCAUGGAGGCUUAUUUUCUUCAACUGGAAAAAUCCCAAGCCCACCUGUUACAAGUCCAUGGGUAUGCUUUUGGAACAGAAGAAAGAAGAAGUGAAAAAGCUCAUACUUGAUCCUAGAUUACUGCAAGAAAAAGUGCAAAUUGCCCUGACAGCCCUUGAAGAGGGAAUGGCAGAACAUCUCUCGUCAAAGACCGAAGUGAAAGAAAGUCUGGGAGAAAAGCUCUUUGCAAUGAUAAAGGAUAUAGAUUCUGUGAAUUGCGCUAGUAUUACAGGUAUGUUGCUUGAAAUGGAACCUACUGCUCUACAGAGACUGCAGCAGGACAGGAUGGCCCUCAAGUCAGCUGUUCAAAAAGCUCAAGCUGCUCUACUCCUUAACUGCUCAUCAAACUCUGGUGACUCAGUUCAUAUUGAUGAGGAAAAAAACAUUGACAGCGAGAUGGAAAAGCUUGGUGAAGAGCUGUAUGCCUAUGUCAUUAACACAGAGUUUGAAAAAUAUGCUGAGAAAAUAACAGGUAUGUUGCUGGAACUGCCAAAACCCGACAUAAUAAGCCUUUUAAAUUCCCCAGAAACCCUGCAAGAGAAGCUUCAGGAAGCUGCUGAAGUGCUUCAGGGAUGUGAGUGGGGUUGAUUUUUAAAUAAAUUUUGAUGAUAAUUAACAACACCUCCCACUUUUCGUUUAAAAAGACUAUUUUUUGAUAAAGCUGUGCAAGACAUUGUUUUCUUUUUUUCAGUCUUGUGCCAUGCUGAUAUUAUUUCACUUGUAAAGAGUAAGCAAGUCCUAGAAGUGCAAAAUUCUGAUAAAAUGGACUUGCACACAUUGCAGUUUUGCUUCCAGAUGGAUCACAUGCACUUUAAACUCUUUAAAUAGACGCAAGAUUUAUUGGAAACAGAAACUGGAAAAAAAUAAUCCUAGCAAUGAUUCCAAGUUCUCGGGGCCUACAACAGUAUAUUAACAUGUGACCUCUGGACAAAUAACUGUUCAUGGCAUGUUUUAGCAGCAAGUAGACUGUAAAGACUAAUAUACAGUGUCUUGCAAAAGUCAGUCCCCUAUAAGUUCAUAGCCAUAGUCCAUAUCCCUGGAUUUAACACACACAUACAGUAUUCCUCCAAUGAGUGUUUUACUGGCUACCAAACACUUAGGUUGUUAAUUAAAAUACUUACUGCAGGAAGAGAGGUGUGUAUCAUUUGAAAUCCAGAAUGGUGGUAAUGAAAUUUCAAAAGAGAUUGAAAACUUUCACAAGGCACUAUAUCUGUCAAAAAGUACUAGUCUUGUAAGACAAAAUCAAAGGAGAAAGAUUUUAGUUUAUUGUGCAAUAAAGUUUUAGCAACAUGGGUGCUUAUGCAGUAUUUCUUAGUUUUAUAAAAUGCAGAUAUUCAAAUAUUCCUUCAGUUCUUGUCAACACUUGUCCAACUCAUCAAAUUGUUACAAUAAAUGAAGAAAAGAAAGAACAUAAGUGAACUUCUUAAUCCUUAAAACAUUA